UAGUAUAAAAGGUAACUAUAAAAAAGGCAGAAUUUUUGAUGUGUUUUUACACUAAUGGGUGACAAUAAAUGCAAGUGUCUUGUAGAAUGCCAAUUAAGUUGAAUCUUUUUUGUCAGGAAACUAAAAAACAAACAAACCAAAUCGUCGCACUGUAGGAACCUUGUGUCCAGGCUCGUGUUUCCUGAAGGGUUUGUUGUCGUUUGCAUGGAGACAGCAGUGAUGCUGCGCUAACAGAUGACCACUGUACAUCCCGUCGAUUAAUCAACAUUAAGGUCUGACAGUGAUGGACGAGGCUGCGGAGCUGUCGGCCAGUAUCGCGCAAAUAGUGCAACGACUGAAAGGGACACAUUUACACUCUCAGCUGGAGAAACAGGCAAAAGAAUGUUUGCACAGACCGGAGGUAAAACUUGAAUCACUUAAAGAUGACGUGCGGAGAUUGUUAAAAGAGUCAGGUUGGGAGAGAAAAUUGCAAAAUGCAGUUUACAGAGAAUUGCACAUACUUCCUCCUCCUGGGCAUCCGAGAGCACCUCCCGAACACACCAAAGAGCCCUUGGCAUAUAUGCGCAAAGCCCAGGCCGCCUGGGAAAAGAGGAUCACAAAAAGUUUAAACAGUAUGUGUACUGAAUUAGGAAUCCCACUGGCACGAAAGAGGUCGGUUUCAGAGCAGAAAGAGCUCACAAAUAAAUGGAACGAGAUGGGAACUGAUGAACCAGACCUAAGCAAAUUCAGACCUGUUUAUGCACCUAAAGACUUCCUUGAGGUAUUGAUUGCUUUAAGAAACCCUAAUAAUGAUUGCAGUGAAGAACUCACAGUCAGAAGCCACUGGGGAUUAAUCCAGGUUUCCCUCAAUGUCCGUGACAUUCCUCAAAUGAGGGAGAUGUAUCCAGAACUAGGCUUUUCUUAUGGACAGCUUGGUAUAGAUGAUCACACACAUGUUUCUCCAGAUUUGUUUGAGAGUGAGCACAUUCACAUUGGAAAGAAAGUGGUGAGUGAGCAGGACAGUGCUGCUGCCCAGCAAUACAGCAGACAAGGCUGCCCUACAGGUUUAAGGGCUCAGUUAUGGACUCUCAUUGUGAACUCUACCAACGAUCCUGAGGACAUUACACAUUAUGAACAGCUGAAAGCUAGAGUCAUACACCAUGACCUGCUGGUGGACAACCUCAUUUAUAAGGACGUGAAGCUCACGGCAAGUAAUGAUGAUUAUUACUUCGUGUUCGAGGACUAUUUAUAUCAGGUUUUACUCUGUUUCUCACGAGACACUGCAGUUCUGGAGCACUUUAACUAUAACAGCGCUACACCACCUACAUCUUCCAUCCAAAGCAAGUCUGGCUCAGAGCAGUUUCAUGUGGUUUAUCCUCCAAAUGGUGUCAUCCCAUUCCAUGGCUUUUCAAUGUAUGUGGCCCCUCUGUGUUUCCUAUACAACGAACCGUCCAAGUUGUACAGUGUGUUCAGGGAGAUGUACAUUCGCUACUUUUUCAGACUGCACUCGAUAUCCUCACACCCGUCUGGUUUAGUGUCUCUGUGCCUCCAGUUUGAGAGAUUACUGCAGACUCAACUUCCUCAGCUUUUCUACCAUCUACGAGAGAUAGGAGCCCAGCCAUUACGUAUUGCCUUUAAGUGGAUAGUCCGGGCCUUCUCUGGAUAUCUGUCGACUGACCAGCUCUUGUUGUUAUGGGAUCGUAUCCUAGGAUAUGACUCCUUAGAGAUAGUGGCAGUUUUGGCCGCCGCAGUUUUUGCCUUCCGAGCUGAAAACCUGAUGGAAGUGACGUCACUGGCAUCGGCUGAGGCUGUUCUUGCUGAUCUCUCAACUUUAAAGGUGAUGCCACUGCUACAGAUCCUCCUCUUCGCUACUGCCAUCUAAGGAACCUACGUAUUGCUGCUUAAAGCAAGUGCUGCUGACCCUAUUUACUGUACUUUCUUAAUACUGGUUGCUGGUGUUAUUAUCAGUCUGGUCUUCUUGAUUCAAAUGCUUCUCCUCUGAAAUGACCAAUCCUAAAAUGUCACAAGGUGAUGUGCUGCCUCUUUAGGAUUUAUCUGAUUUUUUCUGAUGUUAUGAGGCGUGAACCUUCAGGAUUGGACGGCCUUUUAGAUGUGGGCAAUGAAGCGGUCAUCAAACACCACCUUCAGGUUCCUGACUGUGUUGACUGGCGUUAGUGUAAAAGAUGGAUUGGGUUUGGUUGUUUAACACUAUGAAAGCAAUAGAGAGGAUGGUGUAUAAAGUUAAAUAUACAGUAAUGUGCAAAAGUCAGUAUGCCACCAAUAAAUUUGUUUUUGGAACGGUAUAUUGACCAUAUACAGUACUUUGCAAAAGUCUUAGGCCACCAUCACCAGCUUUGUUGUUUUAGCAAAGUUUUAAUGUCCAUCCAUAUUUAUUUUUCUCUUUAUUUUUAAGAUACAAACAGAAAAUACAGGAAAUACGUAAUAACAAAACAAUUUUCAGAACUAAAUGUCUUCUUCAGGCAUCAGUCAGUAUUUAGUGUGACCUCUCUUGGAAACGCAUCUUGAGCUUUUUUAAGGAGACUGAAGUCCUGGAAUUAUUUGAUUAGAAUUAGAAAUUAGGAUUUAAUUUCAUUUAGGUUUAAGAGAUCCUGCAGCUGCCUGCUAUUGCUCAAGUGCAAGGGGAGUUUACCCUAAAUUCUUGACACUUCAGCUUAGUGCUGCACAAUUAAUCGCAUCGCAAUCGCAAUCGCGAUGUCAGCCUGUGCAAU